AUGGCGGCUCAAAAUCAUAAUUUUUACUGUUCACGGCCUAGCUUCGUUACUUUACCUUCGUGUCUUCUCAUACUCGUAUCUUUAUUAUUGCAAACUGAUUUUGUAUUUUCUAUAGAUUACAAUGAUUCAACUCUGUCAGGGUACAAUAAUACAAACCCAAAUUCAACAAUAAAUUGGACGCUCUACGACACAAAUACGACGGCUUUUAAACAUCCUCACAUAAAGCACACUAAGUACUCCACAGUUGUAACUGUUCUUCUGGCAGCUAUUUUCAUGAUAGUAAUCUUUGGAACGAUAGUGGGAAAUAUUUUAGUUUGCGUCGCCGUUUGCUUAGUACGAAAAUUGAGAAGACCUAGCAACUAUUUAAUUGUAUCGCUGGCUGUAAGUGAUCUCUGUGUUGCGAUGCUAGUAAUGCCGGUAGCUAUGGUUUAUGAUUUGAUGGGAUCGUGGCCGUUUGGACCGGUUGUUUGUGACUUUUGGGUAUCCAGUGAUGUCCUAUCAUGUGCAGCGAGUAUUUUAAAUCUUUGCAUGAUAUCAGUUGAUCGAUAUUAUGCAAUAACAAAGCCAUUGGAAUACGGCGUAAAGAGAACGCCAAAACGUAUGCUCUUUUGUGUUUUCAUUGUGUGGAUGAGUGCAGCUUUUAUAUCGCUGCCUCCCGUUUUAAUAUUGGGAAAUGAGAAAACUGAAACAUCGUGUUCAGUAUCUCAGAACCAAGGAUAUCAAAUUUAUGCCACAUUUGGUUCAUUUUACUUGCCAUUAACGGUAAUGGUAGUUGUUUACUAUAAAAUUUUUAGUGCUGCUCGAAAAAUAGUUAAGGAUGAAAGACGCGCACAGUCACACUUGGAAACGCAUUGCUAUUUAGAAAUAAACGUAAAGAACGGCGGUGGAGCUGAAGCUAAACUAUUGGGUAGCCAGUCCGCCCAACCACCUCCUCCCACGAGAGGCUCGACUGCUAGUACGAAUACAACGUGUAGUGUAGACAAAACUGAAAGUUCGAUAGGAAGAUGCUUCUCGGGUCAACGACAAUCGAACGAGUCACAAUAUCCAAUGCUACAGCAUGUGCCGAAAACACCCACAAAGCCUAUACACACAAUAAAUCGACCAAACUCACAAAUGGGUCCCGUACCGGAAAUUAAACAUCCACCCCGAGAAAGUAGACGAAGACAAUCUUCCGAAAAUAGUAGCAAAUUAAAUCCUAGUCGAAUCCGAUCGUCAUUAUCCAAUUUCGCUCAUAAAAGUCACUACGCGAAGGACCUUUUACAACCGACUCAUUCGCCCCACCAGAAAAAAUUACGUUUUCAGCUGGCUAAAGAGCGUAAAGCGUCCACUACGCUCGGUAUAAUUAUGUCAGCAUUUAUUAUUUGCUGGCUGCCAUUUUUCGUUCUCGCACUGAUAAGGCCAUUUGUUAACGAGGACACAAUUCCAGACGCCGUGAGUGCUCUAUUUCUAUGGCUAGGCUAUAUUAAUAGUCUUUUAAACCCAAUAAUUUACGCAACUUUAAACAGAGAUUUCCGGAAGCCCUUCCAGGAAAUAUUGUUCUUCAGAUGUUCAAAUUUAAAUCAUAUGAUGCGUGAGGAAUUCUAUCACAGCCAAUACGGAGGGCCCGACCAGCAUUAUUGUGUAAAUAACUCGUCUAGUAAAGUUGCAAACUAUGAGGAGGGUGUGGAAAUAGUUUCGGCUGUGGAUAGAGAGGAGACGCGGGCGUCGGAAAGUUUUCUAUGA